UAUAUAUGUAGUAAAACCUACAAAAGUCAGCAGUGUGUGGAAAGCAUGGGUUAUGACAUUGAGCGCUUCGUUGGCUAUGUCAAUGAAGGGCUGCUGUGCUCCAUCUGCCGUGACGUGUUGGAAGAUCCCUUGCAGGCUCCCUGCGAACACGCGUUCUGCACCGCCUGCAUACACGGCUGGCUUGUUCACCACAGCAACUGCCCCGAGGACAGGCAGAUGAUUGAUGUGUCUCUGCUACGACCUCUCUACAGAUAUAUGAAAAAUGAUUUAAACCGUCUACAGCUGCAUUGCAAAAACAGAGAGUACGGCUGUGAAAUGGUUUGUUCUCUGGAGUCCAUAGACAGGCAUGAAAGGGAGUGUGAGUACAGCCAGAUACCUUGCUCCAAUGCCGGCUGUACAGUGCAGAUUGAGCGGCGUAACUUGGACGGUCACCUGGCAGUGUGUGAGUUCCGGAGCCGCGAGUGCCCCAAUGGCUGUGGCUACACCAUCCUCAGCGCAGAGGACACACAGCACAACUGUGUAGCAGAGCUGAGAACUGAGCUGGAACUACUCCGGUCAGAAAUGAUCUGCAGAGUGGAGGAGGCAAAACAUGAGAUGGAGUCAAGGUUAGAUUCACAGAGAAGGCAUAUGGUCCAAAAAGAGAGUAUUCUGCAGAAUGAAAUUGAAGAACUAAAGAGCCAGAUGUCGCGGAUGAUGUCAGACGUGCGCUCUCUGAUGGCCGCGGAGAGGCAGCACCGCCAAGAGCUGGAGCAAGCAGAGCUGGAAAAACGGGAGUUAAUGGAGCUGCUGAAGGGGCUGCAGAAGGACUGUCGGUUAACUACCACAGAGGGAAGCAGGAAGUCAACAAAUUUCCGUCCUCUGACACGACUAGAGAGUGUAAAAAGAAAACCCAGGGAAGUUACAGUUAUCUAA